CAUGAGAUGCGGCUUCGCCAUAGUGGGAAUCGAAAAUUCGCUGUCAGGUCGGCCUGUGAUGAAUUGAAUAGGGAAGAAGAAGGAGGAGGAGGAGAAUCCAAUCCGGUUUGAGCAGGUUUUUGUUUCGGACGAGCGUUAACGUCUUCCUAUACUGUGCUCAAACCUACUGUGUGAAUCUUUAACCGAGCUCAACACACAGUGUCGACUGUUUUUCAGCGUUAAAUCCGUGCAUCUUGCAUUUUAAACCGCUUUGAUUUUUGCGCGUUGUACAAAGCCACAGCCAUGCCUAAAAGGAGCAAAGCGAACAAUGAUGCUGAAGUCACUGAGCCUAAAAGAAGGUCGGAGAGGUUGGUAAACAAACCUGCACCCCCAAAGGCAGAGCCUAAGCCAAAGCAGAAGGCGGCUGCCAAACCUAAGAAAACAAAGGAACCCAAGGAGCCCAAGGAGGAUGAGAAGAAAGAGGAGGUGCCCGCAGAAAACGGAGAAACAAAAGCUGACGAAGAGGCAUCGGCAACGGAAGACGCCGACAAGGGAGAAGACGGGGAAUAACUUUGCUGAGUUCUCAUCUUUUACCAGCACUCCCUGUACCUCUUUUCUUGUACAAUUCAGGGGAAUAUUUUUAUCUACUAUUUUCUAAAGGCAGGUUUUUUAGUAGUUUGAUUGUAGAGACACAUUUUUUAUGGAAGAAAAGAAACAUUUUGAAAGUGAUCUCAUCAUAUCCAGCAUUUUUACAUUGGGCAGAAAAAACUACCGUCAUCGUAAAUGUCGACAGGCGUUUUUUUCCCCCUCUCUGCUCUCACUUUCAAAGUGUGAGGUAGAGGGGAAGGUUGUGGGCAUGUCGUUUACACAGACAGCUGGACAUCUUACCGAGCUUGUCCGAAUGACUAACAUUCCAUUGGCUCUAUGAGGGAUUUUUUUUUGUUUGUUUGUUUUGUGUUUUUUUUUUUUUGUGUGUGUGUGUGUGUAACCUGUAAUGUGUGUUUGGGGAGGGAGGGGUGGGCAAAUAACUCAUUGUUUAUUGUUUAUAAGGCGAAAGAUUACUUGUAGAACGUUUGUAAGCUGUGUUCCAUAUGUUAACUGCAGUUCUCCAUAAUCAUUUCUGCUAAAUAAACAUAUUCUCUAGUACUGGAGUUCAUGUCAGGCCUGUGCUUCGUGUGUAUUGAUUUUGUCUCUUCUGUGAUAGUACCGCAACAAAUUUGUAAAACUGCUGUGAAAAAGAUUUUUGGGGCUUUAAGUCCAGUUUGUGUUAUGGUACCGAUGGCAGACGUGGGAUGAAUAUCUCUGCAAAGCCAGCGAUUCUUUAAUAUCCAAACGCAUUAUUCAAAUGGAAAAUUCGAGACAAACGAGUCAUUACGUGUAAAAUCUCUUUAGUUGUAAAGCGUUCUGACCAGCAGUAGCAUUAUUUUUGUGGGACUUAGAUAUCAAGUAUAAAUGUACAGUUUCUUUUGAUCAUUGUUUAUAGAUGUAUCUCUGUGUGUUAUGGUUCGAUAAAACAAGCCAAUAAAAAAUCAGUUGUGAUA